AUGUCAUCACCGAAACGCAAAGUUGAAGUGCAUGAACAACUCCCAACCACAACCUCGCAGUGUGCGGUUGAAGCUGAAAGUAUUCAUAUCGAGAAUCCAGUAAUUGCGGAUGUGAAAGAAGCAGCUGAUGAAGGGAAUUUGUGGAUGCAAGCUGAAUCGUCUACUGCAGCUGCAGAACUGCAAACUGCUGAGCAAAUGAGAAAGGAAAAGAUGAAAGGUGGAUGUGCAAUAGAAGCUGCUGCAAAGGCGUUGAUGAAACGAACUGAAAAUGAAAUGGAAAUUUCCGGCAGAGGCAAUGAUACUCGUAAGGUGAAUGAAGAAUUCGGUACGGUGGCAGUUGGAAACGGAUUGAGUCGAAAUAAACGGAAGACGAAUUUUAUUAGACGUAUUAUCCAAAACGACAUCGAGCAAAGUGGGAGUAAAACGGAAAAUACUGUACAGUUAUCCUUUGAUGAGACCGAAGAAAAGCCUGUUGAUUUAAGCAAUAGAAAUGGACAAGAUAAUCUAUUGGACAAGCAACCUGAUAAAGUGAUAUCAGGUCAACAGCAUUGCAAGGAAAGGUCUAGAAAACGUAACGGUGAGGAGGUCAAUAAUUCCGGAAAUGCUUCAUCAAGUGCUAAGCGAAAGCGUACUGAAUCGAAAUUAACAAACUUCAAUCAACGAUACGGCAAUAGAACAUUCUCGACAUUUACACCAGCAGAGCAAAAAGAACUUUGGCACAAUUCUUCAUGUAUUUAUGAUGGAGCUACAUUUUCAAGUUUUGAGCAAUUCGAAGAAUGUUUUGAAGCAUACAAGAGGACGGGGAAUUACCCGUAUAGAGUAGCUAGUUCCGAGAUUCUCCGGGAUGGCGAAGGGCGAAUGAUCGAUCGCUUUAAAUAUAAAUAUAUCGUGUUUCACUGUGCCCAUUAUGGGACUCCACGAGUUCAUUUUGAGACUUUUUUUUACAUUAUGGUUCCUCAUUUUGGCCAUUGUAAAGCAUUGGGAGCAGUAUCCUUCCAAACCAUGGAAAUUAUGUUCACCAGCUGCUCUCUUAAUAUCAGAAAGAUUGGUGGUAUUGGAAUGGGUAAUUUCAAGGGAUCCAACCAGCCAGUCUUUUUAAAGCAAUGA